AUGACUGAAAGGGAGGAGCCGGCACACGUGUGUAUGACUGAAAGGGAGGAGCCGGCACACCUGUGUAUGACUGAAGGGGAGGAGCAGGCACACCUGUGGAAGACUGAAGGGGAGGAGCCGGAACACCUGUGGAAGACUGAAGGGGAGGAGCCGGUACACCUGUGCAAGACUGAAGGGGAGGAGCCAGCACACCUGUACAAGACUGAAGGGGAGGGGCCAGCACACCUGUGCAAUACUGAAGGGGAGGAGCCGGUACACCUGUGCAAGACUGAAGGGGAGGAGCCAGCACACCUGUACAAGACUGAAGGGGAGGGGCCAGCACACCUGUGCAAUACUGAAGGGGAGGAGCCGGUACACCUGUGCAAGACUGAAGGGGAGGAGCCGGUACACCUGUGUAUGACUGAAAGGGAGGAGCAGGCACACCUGUGGAAGACUGAAGGGGAGGAGCCACUACACCUGUGCAAGACUGAAGGGGAGGAGUCGCUACACCUGUGCAAGACUGAAGGGGAGGAGUCGCUACACCUGUGCAAGACUGAAGGGGAGGCCGGUCACGUAGCGCUCUUGGUAAUGGGAAGCGUGGAUGAGGGCGGUGUGAAGCACAUGGAGGGGGGCGGUAAUUGCAUGGAGUGAAUGGAGCACAGAUAUCGAUCAGCAGAAACUGUA